UGUCCUUCUGAAGACACAGCUGGGUGUCACACAGUCCGGUGGAGUCGGAGAACACAGUGGACGACGGUUUGUAUGUUGGAAUCGAGUUAUCAGCUGGGUCCUUCGCAGCCUGGAGACUACUGAUCCCAGAUGAUCUGGAUGUUAUGUUUCCUCUAACUAUGAACAAGCUGCAACAGAAUCCGAGAGAUACAGUCCUCUGACAGGGUGUUAAGGAGCACCACCUCUGGACGGACCUGUGCCAUGAAGACCCAGAAGGCCCAAGGUGUUACACCAAGUUCACCUCCCUCCCGACGGAAGUCUCGCUUCACAUUACGAGGCAGAAAGAAGAAGGACGGGGUGAUCCAAGGCAAGCUUCGCAUCCGUUCCAUGCCUGGAGCCUUCCUGGUGCUGGGGCUCAUCGUGGUGGUGGUUGGCACCGCUCUGGCUGUGGCGGGAUACUGGCCCUAUCGGAUAUCGAGAUCGUCUAUCCUGGGAGUUGCGGAGGGGGAAAGCAUCUCGGAGUCGCAUACUUCUGGCUGGAGUCUGGGAGCUAAGGGCCUCCUGUCCACAGCCAGCCUCAUCCAUAGCGAGCGGAUGAAGCUGCUGGGACCUGUCAUCAUGGGGGUCGGACUCUUUAUCCUCAUAUGUGCCAACACAGUUCUUUACGAGAACAGGGACAGAGAGACUCAGAUGCUACUGGCUCAGAUGCGCAGUGUAAUUUGCUCUGUGUCUGCAGCUGUUCCCUCGGCAGACCUUAAAGAAAUAGCAGCAGCUAACUCGAUGUCCAAACACUACCAGUGGGUGAGCAGUUUACCAGCUGCCCAUCUCAACAUCCUCUGUCUUCAGCAGCUGGCAAGAUCCGAGCCCCUGCUGCAGACCAGACAGUCCAGAGAACAGGAGGACGGUGUGGAGGGCAUUUACCAGCAAGCUGUUGUCCAGACAGAAGCCCUCCACCACCAGAAGUCAGAGCCUCCACCGUCUCUCCACUCCUCCUUUUCCAGCUUCUGUAAUUCCAGUCAGACAGACUUUAACACACGGUGUGGAGCUGAGCAUGGGGACAGUGACAGCUUUGACCCACAGCCCGCCCCAUUCACCAAGCUCAACAACUGCCUGGUAUCUGCCAGCUCCCUGUCCACCCUGGACGAGGUGGAUAUCCCAGCAGUCCAGCCAAGGCGCUGCCAAAGCAUGAGCUACAGGACUAACCCUUACACAGACCAAUCUGGUGUGCAUCUGAAGGAUGGACUCCGUGCACUGGGGGAGGAGGCUUAUAGAAAUCAGCUGCUCAUCAGAAGCAGAGAGGCUGCUUCACAGAUUUGCGUGAACAUCCCUUGGCAGGUUGUGGAUGCUGCAGGGGAGCAAACUCACCGAAGCUGGCCUCGAUUUGACCUGGGCUGCGGGAGACGAUACCUCAAACUGGAGAAAAAAGAAGACUCAGUGGACAAACUGCUGGACCAGUUGGAGCAGCAGUGUUCUCAGUGGGAUAAGAGUUUUGGCUCUGGACCUUUCCAGUGAUGACUGCUUUGAGCAUCCUGAUAACCAAGGAUCAUAAAGAUAUUUUCCUCUGGAUUUAAAAACUGUGUUAUAUGUUUGUUUUUGUCUGUGUGGGGCAGAGAAAAACUAAGCCCUGGAUCAUUUGGAAUACAGUUUUUCUCACAAGGAUCUUCCUAAACUCGAGCCUGUUCUCAGUCACCAGUGGAAUAUUGAUACACAGAGGUCAUAGUGUUCUGGCAGAUGUUUUCUAUAAUUGAAGGAACAAUAAACAGACCAUACACUGUCACAGAUGAGCGAAGCAGUUUGACAGACUGUUUACUUCCACAGAUUGAAUUGGCAGCAAUGCCAGAAUUCAACUUGUAUCUCAAUGCCAAAAUGGGUUUACCUGUUUCUAGGACACAGUGGGCACAAUCUAGUGAGGGAGAGAUAGAAGGGCGAUAGUUUUCACUGUGCAAUCAAUUCUGAACCAAACUACCUGGACUCCCAUGUCCAUAAAGUGCUCAUAGCUCUUGACAAAUGUAACUAGUAUAUAAAGAUGGGAUGUUUUUCCUCAGCUGAGGUCCCAUACUCCAAAUGCAUGGCGUUGAUGUACAGUAUGUUACAUCUCAAUACUUAUGCAGAGUAAUGUCAUUGUUGGCUUUAUGUGUAUAACACGUAAUGAUAGUCAAAGGAUCAUUCUGGUCUAUUACAACUUGGGUCUUAUUUUCUGAGGUUUGGAAAUUAUUUCUACAGUAUUAUCAUUACAGAUCAUCAUGCCUUUGGGUGCUGGGCACUAUUUUCACCCAGGGCCUUUACCAUUAGAGUCAUACACACCCAGCAUGCAGACCUUAAUGUGUUAGCCUUUACUGCAGUUAUGUUUAUCAUUUUGGUAAACUACUGCAUCAGCCAGUUUAGUUCUGUUUUUUUCUUUGUGUACACCAUUGUACUUCAUAUAUCUUUAAGGGUCAAAACAAAAAAACGUUUAAAUGAGUGAGUAAAUAAAGCAAUCCCUACUGAAAGACAGAAAAGAGAUUCCAACAUAGGGCCAUGGCAAUGAGCACACAGCUUAAGACAGCACACAGUGGCAGAGACAGAGAGGCAUCCAACUCCUGGCUGAGGUCUGUGUCAAGGACAGCAUGUCCAGGUGUCUCUGUGUUCAGUAGUAAUGCAGCUUCUCUAGUGCUGUUUAAUCCUUGACAUUUAGGGAAAAGAAACAUAUGUCACAACACUGAAACUUACAUUAACUGUUAUUCUGCUGAGACUAAAAGUAUGCUGGCACUCACAGCAGUUACUCCUCUCAUCAAUCCAUCUGAUCAGCUCUUAACAGAUCAACUGAUCAAUUAUCCACAUGCCAACUCUUAAACUGCUCCCGUGGUAAACAAAGAAAAGAACUCAUUAAGCACUGUGUCUGGGGACCCACAAAAACUUCCAAAUUAAGAAGUAGGCUGCCAGAGGGGUAAAGUGUGCAGUUUUCAGUGACCAAGUUUAUCACAGCCAUGAAGAUUUGGCAUCGUCACUGAUCAAACUGUCACUGUUGGGCUCAUUGGUGGAUUCCUAAAAAAAGUUUAAAUUCACUGGUAACAUAAAAGAAAUAUUACAGGUUCCAUCAGGCAGCUUAGAGAGUGUAAAAUUUGCUUUCCAAGGAAGUUAUUCCCACUUAGGUCGACAGAAACAUUGCAUGCAAUAUUAACCGUACACCGUCUUUUCCCCUCUCUCUCUCUAUCCCUCUCUCGAACACACACACAGAAAGUUGGCAGUUUGCAAGUCAGGGUUGAAUGGUUUAUUUAACACGUAUUUAACCUUUUUAAAAAUCUAAGCAAAUUGGUUUCAUUUCUUUCA